GCAAAUGUAGGACACCACGUUGGAGCUUGAAACGGAGACACGCCGGUACCGCAUUUUUUUACUUAUUUUUUGGGCCUUUUAUCUUUAUUUAUAUUGUUUGUAUUUAUUAAAUAUAGAGAGCAGAGGCCGCUGAUGAGAAAAAACAUCGAGUUGAAAAUCUUUGGAGAAUAACUGAAGGGGCUCAGGAAACGAGGCACUACAUCAUAACUUUUGCUUUGUCGUUAAAACAGUUGCGAAAUAAUGUCUUUCGCCUUUUCGGAUUAUUUUGCCGCUGAAUGUUUGGUGUCGAUAUCGAGCGGUCCCGUCCUCCACCGACCCACCCCGGUGUCUGGUGCGGCUCAGGCUCCUCCUCAGGGCCUUCCUCUCGGGGAGCCAGACGGGUCGAGCGAGGACAGGGAGGUGCGGGAGACGCUCCGGUUAGAGGGGGCCAACAUGAUGACGGUGGCGGAGAUCCUCACGGACUUGCACGGCAAGUUUCGUCCUAUGUCGGCCUACUCCGAGAGCAGCAACUCGUCAUGCGGAGAGAGCGGUUACACCACGUUGUCUGACUCCACCACCCCAACGCCGACCAUGACCCCCUCUGCCACCCCUGUCCCGGGACAGUACAGUAACACCCCCCAGCAGGUUUGGGGAGGAGGGGGCGCACCACGCUCCCCCACCAAGCGUCACCCCUGUACUUUCGACGGGUGUGACAGGGUGUACGGAAAAUCAUCCCACCUGAAAGCGCACAUCAGAACACACACAGGUGAGAGGCCCUUCCCUUGCACCUGGCCCGACUGCGAAAAAAAGUUUGCCCGUUCUGAUGAGUUGGCCCGGCAUCUACGUACUCACACUGGCGAGAAACGCUUCCUGUGCCCACUCUGCGACAAGCGCUUCAUGCGCAGUGACCACCUCAUCAAGCACGCCCGCCGGCACCCCAACUUCCACCCCGCCUUGAUCAACCGUAAGGGUUUAGCUCAGGGAUCCGCCUCAACCCCGCUCGCUGUCGCCUCCGAGUACGCCAGCACUGCCAUGUAGACACACCCACUGCCUCACCACACCCUCUCUGGGACCUCAGUCAGACCCCUGCCUUCUGCACUGUGACCACCAUCUCGGCUUGAUUUGAUUACCCUGCAUGCUGGGAUCCUUUUAAGCUCAGUCCUCACUUUCACAGGCCAAAAAUGAAGAACUUCACCACGUCUUCACCACGUCUUCCUCCUAACCCCUUCGCCCAAUCAGUGAUGACCAAAAUGGGCAAAGGAGACACAAAACUCUAAAGCACAUUCCCCUACAAAGACCCCAAGUCGUGUGAUUUUAUAUUAUUACAUGAUUGACAAGUGAUGCAGAAUACAAAAUUGGCUCUAAAUUGUGCUUGCUUUGGGUGGAAAAAUUGUAAGCUCUUCAUUUAUGGAGAUCUAGUAAGAAAUACGCAGAAAUAACAAUACAAAAGCAUUGGCCAUGAGCAUUAGCACAAUGUUUUCCAACAACCGUUUUGUUGUUAUCUGUCAUCACUUGUCAGCCAUGUUUAAAAACCUCUAAGGAAGCGUCACGGUUUAAGGGAAAGUUUACCUGUUUUACAGCCUUUGGUCUUUUUUUUUUUUUUUUUUUUUUUUUUUUUUUUGCAAUCGAUUAAUCUAUUAUCAAAAAUUUAGCACAACCUUGUUUGUCAUGUCUUUUUGUAUAGCCAGAGUACAUAAGAUUAGCAAACCCUCUCUAGUGCUCUGUUUUGCUUGUCCACACGUGCUGUAUGAUACAAUAACCAGAAUGAAUUGCAGAAUUAUUAAGUAUUUGUGUAUUACUCAGUGUUGACACAUACAGCGACAUUGCGCAUUCCCAAAACGUUUGGUAUAUGUUUAGCUAAACCAGUGAUGUUUAAGUAGGGAUACCAAGGGUUUUCAUUCCUAAGAAUAGUAAUAAUAUUCUUGACACCCAUUGAAACCAAACAUUGAUGACAAUUGAAGCUGAAAUGGCCAGUGAGUUUCUUUUGAGUAAAAAACACUGCCUGUAAAUGCCACAUUUUCACAUUGCUUUCCCUACUGAAAUGGCUGAAAUCGUAUUAAGUUAUUUGAAUUUUUAUCUUAUUUCCUUAUGUAUUCUAUUAGCUGCAGCAUGGCACCUGAAAUAGUUUAUAUAUAUAUAUAUAUAUAUAUAUAUAUAUAUAUAUAUAUAUACAUUUUUUAUAAUUAUUAUUAGACCAUGCAUCUAUUAUUAUUGUUUUCUGCUUGGAAGAACACUUUUGUUUGUCCAUGUAAUGUUGACAUGUUGGUACAUGUAGCAAUAUGUUUAAUAGUAAUGUGGAUACAUGUAGAUAAAUAUCUAUGCCUGCAGCUUAAAUGGCAAAGAUGUUAUUAUAUGAACUACUAGAAGUAAUACACCUUAUAUUAGGGGUGACGGUACACGCUUGUGUAGAGUAGUGCUGCUUGUGUGCGAAUGUUUUUGUGUAUGUAUAUUCACGUUGGAGAGAAUGGGAAAUGAUUUCUCUCCAAACUGUCCCACCUGCGGACCUCUUACAACUAUCUCAGAGAACAAAGAAUACAUCAGGAAACUCAGAAAGCCUUAAAAUCCUUUGACUUGUUUUGCACCAUUGUUUACUGUUUGAUAUUUUCUACAGGUUUGCCGUCAGGCACGGGUUCUCUCAACUAAAGAAAUACACAUGCAAUAUUGCACUUUCUUACUGGUAUUGUCAAUGAAAAACUAUUCGUCUGCUAGUGUGAUGGGUUACAUUGUAUAGAUGCUACUUCAUAGUGCUUCUACAAAAUGAACACUGUGGAAUGGAACCUGUCACAAUAAAUCAAUACAUUAGUCUAAGUAUGCACCUUUGUCCGAGUGCUUAAACCAGUGUGGGUAUAGGACAAAAGAAAAAUAUUCAUGCAAUAUUCAGUGCUUUAGGUAGCUGCUGGCAGUUACCUGAAGUACGAUGACAAACUCAGCGUUCUCAACUACAAUAACGAAACCAAACCAGAAUAGUAUCUAAAACAAUGUAUUUGUUCUGUAGCUAAUUAAAUGAUGUAUUCCUGAAAAUGCUUUGUAUGUUUGGGCAUUCUCAAAAAUGUUCUUCUCAGAGGCCUUCUAAAGAAGGCUGUUUUCCUUUUUGUGUAUCGUCCUUAGCUGUUUUCCUGUCAUCUCGAAUUGGAUGCGUGGUUUGAGUUUUCUCUGGAUCUCUUGUACUGUGUUUGGCUAAUGCACAUCAAUGGUACACUGUGUUUUGGCUGCAGUGGGCUUUGUAUACUAGACAGUCUUUUGAUUUUCACUUACAAUGCCCUCUUUUAGCAGUCCGGAUUUAACUGCAUUUGAUAUCCCUCCCAUUAUACUCAAUACAUUUGCAGCUAUAGUGCUCUGGACAGGCUAUCAGAUAUCACAAACCACUGGAUUAAGUCUGAUUUGUUUUUAUUUGUUUUGUGGUUUUUAAAGUUAUUUUUUUUAUUGUUUGGUUUGUUGUACUGGAAAGUUAUGUUUCUUAUGCUUUGAAUUACUGCUAUGUUUAUGUACUAUAGAGUAGUUGUCUAUAAAUUAUGCAGUCUACUAGAUAAGAGUUUAGGACAGAGCCCAGAUACAGGAUCUGGUAUAGCUUAGCAAUCAUAUAGAGAAGAAAACUAGUAUUCUAUAGUCCCUUCGGGAAAAAUGCUGCAUCAUUUGCUGUGUUUGAGGCAUCCUGUGUCCGUAUAUCAAAUUCAAGUGAACUGAGAGUGUGUGAGUGUGGUUGCUUUUAAUCAUGAUGCUAGAUUGAGAAUUUAGAGGGACGACUGUAUUUUAAGAACUGCUUUGAUGCUUGGCGCACAAUCUAGACCUUGUCCAUCCUUAAGUUUUCUCACACUAAACUGAUUAUGCACUGAUUGGCACAUUGUCUACAGUAAUCACACUAAAAGGAUGUCUGAUGAGACCUGUUCUAGGUCUCAAUCUACAGCCAAAUCUCAUUGGACCAGCAGGUUUUGUCAAUAUACAAAAGCUUCCGUGUAUCUCCUCAGGUGAUAAAACUUAAUGCUGAAAACCUCUGUCCUUCAUGAACAGGACCUAAUGUUUUUUGUUUUUUUUUUCAUUUGCUUUGUUUUGCAUCAUUCUGCAAAUUUUUAUUUAUUAUGUGCUUAUUUUUUUUGGUGAGCUUUUAAGAUAUCUUUUCUUUAGUACUAAUGUUAUGGUAUGAGACUUGACUAAUUUGUUUAAUUGAUUCAUUUUUGAUUUAAACAAUAAAGAAAACCCUCCAAUGCUUUUAAAAUAAAUAAACUGAUUAAGAGUUA